UUUUCUUCCGGGGGCGGCAGGGACGUCACUUCCCCGCCCGUUACCGGCAGCUCCCGGCGGCGGAGCCCUGGCCCCUUGCACUGGAUCGACUCAUUUAUUCUCGCCUUUUUACCCUAAAACCGCCUUGAUUUACUGACUCAGCCCUACCCCGGGCUGCGGGACCGGCCCCGAGGUGCAAGAUGGUGAUCAUUCCAAAGUCCAGAGCUCUUCCAAUCGUGGAUGAAUGAGUGCGAUAAGGAACCAGGGGUGUCACGUGCAACGGUGAUGGUCAGAAACUGCUUUGCUGUAUAAGACACAAUGAGAGCUUCCAACUAAAAGGUAUCUGCUUCAAGUUGAAAAUGGGAGAAGAUGCAAGGAUGAGUGUAAAAUGUGCAGCAUGCUUCUCAUUCUUGUGAGCUGGAAGACUCAAUGUUUGCACGUAAUCCAACAGAAACAGUCUACCAACUACUGCCACGUUUUCAUCUAUUGGUAAACAUCAGCUGCUGGUUGUUCUUAAGGGAGGAUGAUUGAAUUACUUCCAGAUGGAGAACUCUUUCAGCCAAUUUAAGACUUUCCAGUUGAUUUAAGGCAGCAGGUGGAAAAAGUGGAACAAAGCACAUGAAGAAGCAUCUGAAGUUUAUGCAAGAUGUUAUUUGGAGGACCAAAUACGCUUUUAGAGGCCAUUGGAGAUGAAAGAUUAAUCACAUGAUAUUUUUUCCCCUCUAAGUGCUGUUCUGUGCUAAGUCAAUGUUGCUUUGUAUUAAGGACGGAUACUAGUUUGUUAAUGUCAUCAUGUCAACUGCGACAAGUGCUGAGACACCGGAGGAACCUAACCCUCCCCUCCUUGAAGAAAAGCCAAAGGGAAAACCACUAUUUCAUUUGGGUUCACUCUUUGCUAACAGGAGUGAAAAAUUUGUAAUCGCAAGGAGCGAUAGUGUACCAGAGGAGAACGUUCUGAAAAUAACUAUCACAGAGACUACAGUCAUUGAGUCAGACCUGGGCAUCUGGAAUUCUCAUGCUCUCAUCUACCUCACUUUGUGGUUUUUCUUCAGCUUUUGCACUCUUUUUCUUAACAAAUACAUUCUUUCAUUACUGGAAGGAGAGCCCAGCAUGUUAGGUGCUGUUCAAAUGCUUUCAACCACCUUCAUUGGCUGUAUAAAAAUGUUUGUUCCAUGCUGCUUGUACCAGCACAAAACACGCAUCUCUUAUCCACCCAAUUUCAUCAUGAUAAUGCUGUUUGUUGGAUUAAUGAGAUUUGCAACAGUAGUCUUGGGGCUUGUCAGCUUGAAAAAUGUGGCUGUUUCAUUUGCAGAAACAGUUAAAAGCUCUGCACCUAUAUUCACUGUUAUCAUGUCUAGGAUGAUAUUAGGGGAAUACACUGGACUGCUGGUUAAUCUCUCUCUCAUUCCUGUUAUGGGUGGGCUAGCUCUGUGUACAGCUACUGAAAUCAGUUUCAACAUUCUAGGUUUCUCAGCAGCGUUAUCUACUAAUAUCAUGGACUGUUUGCAGAAUGUCUUUUCCAAAAAAUUACUCAGUGGAGACAAAUACAGAUUUUCGGCCCCAGAGCUGCAGUUCUAUACAAGUGCUGCUGCAGUGGUUAUGCUUAUUCCAGCUUGGAUAUUUUUCAUGGAUGUGCCAGUGAUUGGGAAAAGUGGAAGGAGCUUCAGCUACAACCAAGAUGUUGUUGUACUUCUCUUAAUAGAUGGAGUCUUGUUCCACCUGCAAAGUGUUACAGCCUAUGCCUUGAUGGGAAAAAUUUCUCCUGUGACUUUCAGUGUUGCUAGUACUGUGAAGCAUGCACUGUCAAUCUGGCUAAGUAUUAUUGUGUUUGGUAACAAAAUCACAAGCCUUUCAGCCAUUGGGACUGUUCUAGUGACAAUUGGAGUUCUGCUCUAUAACAAGGCAAAGCAGCAUCAGCAGGAAACCAUACAGAGCCUGGCAGCUGCAGCCCCGCAACCCGCACAAAGUACGACUGAAGAUACUGAGCCACUAAUUUCCAAGGAUUUGAAACCGUAUGAUUAAUAUGGUCACUUAUUCUUACAACUUAGUGCAACUCAAAGGAGCUCUUCCUGAAAGCGGUUCUUUCUUCGGCUGUUGAUGCUGAUGUGGUUCCUCUGAAUUCACAGCAGGUCAGACAUGGAACUUGAAGCAGAGAGAAAACAAUGAGAAGAACCCAGUAAGCCUUGAUUUACUGAGAAACUGAAAUACCAGAGGAACUAGUGUCAUGCAAUGUGGUAAAUGUGUUUUUUUUGAUCUUUUUGACUGCAAAUAACACACAAGCCUAUAUUAGAGAAGGAACUUCUGUAUCUUGUAAGAAAAUGAUUCCGUUCUCCUUACCCAUCAAAAUAAUGUGAAAACAUUGCCCCAUCCCUGUAUUAGGCUUGCAGUGAAAUGAAAUUGGUGCAUAACUGAAAUUUCAAGUUGUUGGUUACUGUGUGCUGCAUCUUCCAUUAUUUGUUUGUGUUGUAGAGCUGGAAGGUGAACCUCCCUCUCUUCCCCCCCCCAGUUCCUGUCUCAGCAAAUGACUUAUUUUGGUAUACCUUUAGUUGAAGUAAACUGUAGAAAUAAGUCCGUGCCCCAAAGAACUGAUGAGGAGCUAUUUCCAACUACAAAGCUAGCAAUGAAACAGGAUUUUUCUGCUAAAAUUUAACAUGCAACCAGGAUGCAAUAUUUCCGUAUUUAAAAUACUGAAAUGCAACUGUACAUACUGACACUAUAUAAACAGUGUUGGAAUAAAUAUGUGCAGUUACUUAUGGAUUGCCAAAAUUUCCUUUUUUUUUUCAUAAAGGAGCCAUGAUCUCUCUCUUUCUAUCAGAAACCAUUUUUAUAUGCAUUUUUUUGUUUUAUGUAUUUUUAUGAGGAUUUUUUUAACAUUGCUUCUAAGACUGCAGACUGCAACAAAAAUGCUGCCUUUCAGAAACUCGGGGUUAUUACCCUAUGUGCAAGGUAUUUCUGUCAUUUCUGGUUGUGUAAAGAAUCUUGGAGGUAUCUGUGACAAAGGUAACUAAAGGGGACCAUAAACUGAGGCUGAUAACGAGUUCUUUUUUGGAGAAGUUCGGUUUCAUGGUUGAUCAACAAUUAAAAGCUAACUUUUGUCUUUCCUUUAAAAUAAUCUUAAAUAUCAGUAAUUUUUAUUUUUUUGAAAAAAACACAUGUACCUACAAAAGCCUUCAAGUGGACUUUUUGAUAAUAAAACUAAACUAACAAAUUGAGCUGAUUUUUCAAUAGUUGCCUCUGUUCUAAAAGAUAGCUUGGCAUUAAAAGUUUAGAUAGUAGUCUUUAUGGUAAAAAAAAUAACUAUUAUUUCUAAUAGGAAGUCACAAGUAGAGUUCUUGCAAAACUGAAGCUUGUGCUUACGUUUCCAAUGUGAGGUAUUCUGUUAGUUUGAGUGAACCAUUCCUGUGGAGGCCAAAAACGUGUUUGCAAGGCAGGCAAUCUAAAGAAGCCUGUCUUUUUGGCUCUGUUUGAAUAGCGUGUGCUUGUGUCUUCUGCUUGCUUCAGGUUAUGUUCCUGUACAUGACUGGGUGCCUGAGGUACAUACCCUGAAGAUUUGAGUGGGAGGGAAGUGCCAUUUUUUCAUCGUUGUAUGAUGUCUGAUUUUUUGUCAUUGUUUGUAUCACUUGCAAAAAGCUGUGGACUGUGAGGUGGAGAUCUGUUUUUCAGGUGUUUUUGUUAUGCUUUCAAGAAUCUCUGUAUUUAGCAGAAAACAGUCUGUUUUGUAUCAUGUUUUUACUCUUGUGGGAGUACAAAAAUGUAAAUGGCUUUCUGGUUGUCUAACUCAGUUGUCAGGUAAUGCCCUUCAUCAACUGAGCCUCGUGUUAGAAGCUAGCAGACUUUUGCAUCUUAUAUUAUUUCAUAGUAGUGGAAAACUUGUGAAACCCCAGCUGGGAGGACUUUAGAACUUGUAAUUUCUAACACAGCUGGGUUUAUUAGUGGCUGUUUUAGCCCUGCCUGUUUGGUGGCAGCAUGAUAAUUCAGUUUUACUGGGGGGGGGGGUGUUUUCCAGUGUUUCUCUUGUGUACUUUUAUAUGCAGAGUUCUCGACCUUUAUUUUUAUUGGACUACGUAAACCAGUCUUAUUUACUGUCCACUUGUAAAACAGACCUUUUCUUUCCCCAGUCACAUUAGUGACUCUUAGCAGUUCCUCCUGUUUGGUAAAAAGGACCAUUUUUUUUCCAUGUUGAGAAUCCGUUAGUGUUAUGCCUGAGCUCUGCCUUUUAAAUGCUUCCUCUGAUGGCAGUCAUACUGCCCAAUUUCUUUUGGAAGUUCCUCUCCAGUAACACUCUACGAUCCUACUGGCAUUUAGCACAGCCACAUUCCUGAUUCUUGUGCACUAAUCAAGACAAGCUCCAUGACCAAGAGUUAUAUGGAUUAUUUGUUUUACGUUUGCCAAGUAUGUUCUUGUAGCAACAGCACACCUUCCUUAAUACGAUGCUUUAAACUGUUGUGCAAAGGGUAGGAGAUAUUUUGUUAUAUCAGUCUUUAAUUUCACACGUCCUCUAAUAAAACAAGAGGAGUUGACUACUUUGCACAGAAGCUCUUGGAUUCUGGUCAUUGUCUGGGUUAAAAGGCAGACCUUUGAGAUGUAUAAAACUUCAACAACAGUUUUCUAAUUAGUCUUUCCCUUGGAAACCAUGGAAAACUUCAAGUUUCCAAGAACAAAAACAUAUCCACAAAGUAGUGGAAGAACAUCUGUGCAUCACAUUGGAUAUAGGACUCUGUUUCUGGAACGCCAUGCAACUCUCAGCAUCUAAAUACCUAAUUAAUUAAAUAUGACUGUAGGUAAUGAGCAGGAUUGCUGCAGAUUUUACAAACAGUAACAUUAGGCUUGUAUUAUUUCAGCAUUUAGGUUCUGGGGAGAGGAUGUGUCACUUUUCAAAAAACAAAAUAAAGAAACAAGGUGAAAUUCUGUUUCUUCAGGCCUGCAGUGUUGAGCUAACACAAGUGCUUGUUGCAGAACGUACAGAGUGUGAGAUGCUACCUGCAGUGGUUUAUGGUCCUUAAAUGACAUUAUUUCCUAGCUCAAAAGAUAGACAAUAAAGAAGCUGUAUAUAGUAUUUCCUGAGAUGUGAUGUAUUGUAAUCUCUCUUUACGGUUAAGUUCCUUAACCAUGUUAAUGUAAGUGUUUCAAGUUCUAGCUGUGUACAGUCUUAAAUGGGGAACUGAUUAGGAACUGCCCUUGUCACACUGGAUUGCUGUAAAUUCUCCUCGUAUGAGUUCUGUUGCCAUUAUGUGAUUUGUUUAAGUGAUCUUUGGAAUCAUGCCUUACUCGAAGGAACAAUAAAAUUGAUUUUUUUG